AUGAGCAAACUCAACAACAACAGCAACAACAACAACAGCAACAACGACAUCAAUGGCAACAUCAACUACCUGAGUGAUAUCAACAACAUCAUAGCGAACGCCAACGGAGUUUUGGAUAUGAAUUUCUAUAACAACAUUCUCUUACAACAACAGCAACAACAACAACAGCAGCAACAACAACAACACAGACAGUUAACAACGACAAAAUCAAUAACCUGCCCAAUUUGUCGAGAAGAUACGCUGCUGCCGAGCGAUGACGUCAGAAAUCUUACCAGAAACUUUACUGUCAAAAAUUUGGUCGAAGCAAUUAAAUCCUCCGCAAAAAUGUCACUCAAAUCAAAAAAGGACUUGGACCUAGCUAGUGAAAUAAAUUCGUCAGACCUCGAUAGCAAGCGAAUCGAUUGGGAACAACUCCCAUCCACAGCAGCAGCGGCGGUAGCUUCAUCGACUCCAAGUAGUUUCACAAUUUUCAACCAGAAAAUAAUCCUAACCUUUGAAAAGUGCAACACGAUAACAAUAACAAACAGCAACAUUCUUACAGCCAAUAGCAAGCCUUCUUCCAUUCCUCUAUCCCUUUCGACCAAUAAAAAUCAAACGCAUCAUUUUACGGUAGCAAGUUUGACCAAUCCGGUUAAAGCAGUAGCUUACAAUUUAAAGAAUCUCCUUUUCCUAUUGGACAGUCCAAAUUACGACCCAAACAAGCCCAGCCAAUCAAAAGUCUGGAGGGGCGUGGUCAACAACAUCGACUCACACAACAAAUUAAAAAUAGACAUCGAAACAUGGUUGAAUGACGUCAUCGCAGUUGCUAUAGCAACCAGCUCCGACAAAUCAAAAUUAAUUGUUCUGAACCUUGACCUCGGGUUGAAUUUCUUGACCCUAUAUAACGUCGACAAACUGAAGGCAGACGCUUCUAGAAAAAUUCGUCUUGGGGGCGGAGUCAUUAACCCGACAGCUGUCAAUCAUCUCAAUGAGAUAUUUGCUGUUCUUCAUUCGGUAUGUCAACAGAAUGUUGCUGCCACUACCGCUACCGCUACUACCACUGCUACUACAAUUACUAAUAAUAAUAACAACAAACAAGCCGUCAGCCUUGUCGAUAUUAAUGGAUUGACAUUGAAAUCAUUUCCAUUGGACAGUCUGUCUGUCAAUCAACCAAUCAGACGCCACCCACCAAUCAACCAGCUAACUCAGCUGCUAGGCAACAAUGUUGACGUCAUUUUCGCCCUCAGCGGAAAUUCUCAAGCGUUGCUAAAAAUAAAUAUUACCAGCAGCCAAUCGGAAUUGCUGAAAUUAGGUCACAGCUCGGAAUCCAACCAAUCAGGAGAGAGGAAUGAAGAGAAUAGGGUGUUGCAGGUCGAAUUGUUUGGGUCGGACGAGAAAUUAUUAGCACUUAGAAAAUUAUUUCUUUGUUCGUAUCAGAUGAAAUGA